GGUUGAGAUGCUCCAAUGGCAUCAAGAACUUACGAGGGAAACAUGAAAAGACUCUCAAUGCUCUCUUCGCUAAUUCUCACCGUCUUUCUCACCAUCUUCCUUGGAGCUUCAAGUGUUCAAAGCGAUGUCAGCUUUAGUUUAUCGGGAGGACCUACUUCAUACGAGAAGUUCAUCGAAGAUCUGAGAAAGACUCUUCCAUCAAAUGAGAUGGUCUACAAGAUACCUUUGUUACGUGCCUCCGCUUCAGGCGUGAGUCGCUACACCUUAAUGAAACUCACCAAUUACGAUGGCAAAUCCAUCACGGCGGCUAUAGAUGUAACCAACGUAUAUAUCAUGGGCUAUCUCGUCAAUACAACGUCCUACUUUUUCAACGAGACUGAAGCUAAAUUAGCCUCCCAAUAUGUGUUCAAAGGUAGUACAAUUUUUACACUCCCAUAUUCUGGCAAUUACGAAAGGCUUCAAAUUGCUGCAGGCAAAAAGAGAGAGGCUAUUCCGCUGGGAUUCCGAGCUCUGGACAGCGCAAUAACCACCUUGUUUCAUUACGACUCCACGGCCGCCGCCGGCGCACUCCUCGUAAUCAUUCAGACCACGGCGGAGGCUUCAAGAUAUAAGUAUAUUGAGCAACAAAUUCUUGAAAGAGCUUACAAAAACGAGGCGCCAAGUCCGGCGGCUAUAAGUCUUGAGAACAGCUGGUCUGCUCUCUCCAAACAAAUUCAGCUAGCUCAGUCUAAUGGCGGAAACUUUAAGAAUCCUGUUGUGAUUACAGACAAUAAAGGCAAACCGGUUCAAAUAAACAACGUUAGUUCAAAGGUUGUAACCAACAACAUCAAGUUGCUUCUUAACAAAAUAAAUAUUGUGGCCUUUGACAACGUUGUUUCGACGACGCUGAGGUUUGGAGCUACUAGGAUGCCUUGACAAUGGGUAUGGAGAGAUUGGGUUCCAACUCCACUUCAAGUAAUAUAGCAUGUUCAUGUCAUCUAAUUACGUGAUGAAUGCUAUGAAUUUGUUGUUUAUUCCUUUAAAUAAUCAAAUGUGGAGAGUACUUUUUUUUUUUUUUU